AUGACGAAGGAGUUUGAGAUGACGGAUCUCGGUCUGAUGAGAUACUUUCUUGGUUUGGAGGUUAGACAAGAUGAAUCCGGGAUCUUCGUCUCUCAGGAAGCCUAUGCAAAAGGAAUUUUAGAAAAGUUCAAAAUGAGUGAUUGCAACCCGGUUUCAACCCCCAUGGAACCCGACGUUAAACUUUCAAGAUAUGAUGGAGGAGAAAAGGUAGAUCCGAGUGUUUAUCGUAGUCUAGUUGGAAGUUUGAGGUACUUGACAUGUACGAGACCGGAUCUAUGUCUGAGUGUUGGAAUAAUAAGCCGAUUUAUGGAAGAGCCGAGCUAUACUCAUUGGAAGGCGGCAAAGAGGAUUUUAAGAUAUGUUCAAGGAACAAUUUCGCAAGGACUUCAUUAUUCAAAGUCAAACAAGUACAAGCUAACAGGCUACUCGGAUAGUGACUGGUGUGGAGAUGUGGAUGACAGGAAGAGCACGGCUGGCUAUGUGUUUUUCAUGGGAAACACGGCGUUUACUUGGGUGUCAAAGAAGGAACCCAUUGUGACUUUAUCUACAUGCGAAGCCGAGUACGUUGCUGCUUCCUGGUGUGUUUGUCAUGCAAUUUGGCUGAGAAACCUGUUGAGCAAGCUGGAGCAAGAGCAAGUCGGUCCAACCGAGAUCCGAGUUGACAACAAAUCAGCGAUCGAGUUAGCAAAGAACCCGGUCAAUCAUGAAAGAACACUAUGUAAACCAUUUCAAAAAGCACUUGGCAUAUACAGUAAUACAAAGAGGUAUAUUCAGAGAAUUGCUUGUGUGGUUGAGUGUUUGAGAGAAACACCAUUAGAGGACCUGUGA